UCAGGGAUAUUGGGGCGAGGAAGAGGAAAAAAUAAAGAAAAAACUCAUGAGGAUGAUGAGGAUGAGGGAGGAGGUGGGCGGGCUUAUCUUGCCCCGCCUCUCCCACCCUCCUUCAGUGGGUCUAGGCUGAGAAGGGUUAACUCCAGCACUUUAUCCCUCAACAGAUCUAAGAGGAAAGUAUUGACCCUGGAGGAACUUUAUGUAGAAAUCCUUUACACUAUUCUUCACAUGAUUGGAUGUGAUUCAGAUCAGAUUUCCAUAACAGAACUUAUAGAACAUGUUCGUAAAUCCUUUAAUAUGGAGCAAACUAAACAUCAGCAGCUACUAGAUACUGCAACUAUGAAGGAGGAGCCCUGUCUUAAACUCAACCUGGAGAUACACAGUGCAAAGAAUCUCAUAGGAAAAGAUAUUUCAGGGAAUAGUGACCCGUUUUGUACGUUUUACCUCAGCUCGAACCCUCUAGCUAGGAAUAAUACGUCGUACAAGCCUAGAACCCUUAAUCCAACCUGGAAUGAGGAGUAUGCUCUGGAUGUAAACAGUAUAGAACAGGAUCAGUUAAGACUGGAUGUUUGGGAUUUCAACCCUGAGGAAAAUGUUACAGAAAAGUUUAAAAAGAUCAAUGAGGUGAAAGAUGGCCGAGGGUUGAGAAAACUUAUAAAGGAGACAUUAGUUGCCACUACUGGGAAACAUACUCAUGCUCUUUUAGGCAGUGUUCAGAUAAGUUUGAAAAGUAUCCCUGCUAGUGGUGUAAGUGGAUGGUGGAAUUUAGAGAAACCAGAAACAAGAAAACAGAAGGAGCGGGGAGAAGUCAGGCUUACCCUCACUCUUAGCACAGAAAAGGAUCCUAACUUGUCCUCACAGGAACAUAGACAUCUGCUGAAGAUCAUGUUUGCCUACCAACUUCAAAUAUCUAAUGCUGCCCCAUAUACCUGGAAUGGAGAAUUUGCCCGUGAAUCCGUGAUAAUACUUUCCCAGCAUGCUGUUCAAGGGAAGCUGACCGGGGCAGAUACUGCGCUAGCCAGAUGGUUAGUUUACUGUCAUACACACUGUGAUCUUCCAUUAGACUACAG